GGGCGCGACCAUGGCGCGCUGAGGGAGGGGGUGGGAUCGGUCCGGGGGAGGCCUGGCGCCGCUGGCUCGCGCGCUGUCUCGGCCGCCCCCCCGUUCGCCGCCGCCGCCGCCGCCGCCGCCGCCGCCGCCCCGGGCAUGUCGUCCAACUGCACCAGCACCACGGCGGUGGCGGUGGCGCCGCUGAGCGCCAGCAAGACCAAGACCAAGAAGAAGCAUUUUGUGUGCCAGAAAGUGAAGCUAUUCCGGGCCAGCGAGCCGAUCCUCAGCGUCCUGAUGUGGGGGGUGAACCACACGAUCAAUGAGCUGAGCAAUGUCCCUGUUCCCGUCAUGCUGAUGCCAGAUGACUUCAAAGCAUACAGCAAGAUCAAGGUGGACAACCAUCUCUUCAACAAGGAGAACCUGCCCAGCCGCUUCAAGUUUAAGGAGUACUGCCCCAUGGUGUUCCGGAACCUCCGGGAGAGGUUUGGGAUUGACGACCAGGAUUACCAGAACUCGGUGACACGCAGCGCCCCCAUCAACAGCGACAGCCAGGGCCGGUGUGGCACUCGCUUCCUCACCACCUACGACCGGCGCUUUGUCAUCAAGACGGUCUCCAGCGAGGACGUGGCCGAGAUGCACAACAUCCUAAAGAAGUACCACCAGUUCAUCGUGGAGUGCCACGGCAACACCCUCCUGCCACAGUUCCUGGGCAUGUACCGCCUGACCGUGGACGGCGUGGAGACCUACAUGGUGGUCACCAGGAACGUGUUCAGCCAUCGGCUCACUGUACACCGCAAGUAUGACCUCAAGGGUUCUACUGUCGCCAGAGAAGCGAGUGACAAGGAGAAGGCCAAGGACUUGCCAACUUUUAAAGACAAUGACUUCCUCAACGAAGGGCAGAAGCUGCACGUGGGAGAGGAGACUAAAAAGAACUUCCUGGAAAAGCUGAAGCGGGACGUAGAGUUUCUGGCCCAGCUGAAGAUCAUGGACUACAGCCUGCUGGUGGGCAUCCACGAUGUGGACCGGGCAGAGCAGGAGGAGAUGGAGGUGGAGGAGCGGGCGGAGGACGAGGAGUGUGAGAACGACGGGAUGGGCAACCUGAUCUGCUCGUACGGCACGCCGCCGGACAGCCCUGGCAACCUGCUCAGCUUCCCGCGGUUCUUCGGCCCCGGGGAGUUCGAUCCCUCUGUUGACGUGUAUGCCAUGAAGAGCCAUGAAAGUUCCCCCAAGAAGGAGGUCUACUUCAUGGCCAUCAUUGAUAUCCUCACACCAUACGACGCUAAGAAGAAAGCUGCACAUGCAGCCAAAACAGUGAAACAUGGGGCAGGGGCCGAGAUCUCGACUGUGAACCCUGAGCAGUACUCCAAGCGCUUCAAUGAGUUCAUGUCCAACAUCCUGACGUAGUGACCUUCUGCCUUCAGCCACAGCCAGAGAAUGAGAUACGGGGUUGGGGAUCCGAAGGGGGAGAGGGUGUAUUUGGGCUAGAUGGAGGGGUGGGAGCAGAGUGGGGGGCCGGGGAGGGCGUUAGCAGUGAGACUGCAGCCUGUGACACUGAACGGUUCUGGGGAGGGGGAUGUGCUGUGUGCUCAUGCUCACAGGAUGUGGCCUCACCUCCUUCUUACCUUUGACUCCCCCAUCCCGUUGACCCAGGCUAAAAGGGGUUCCCUUUUUGUCACCUUGUAGCCUUUAAAACGCCAUGGGGCGAGAGGUGACUGUGGGUUUAUUUGGGUUUUUCUGAAAUUUCAUUGCCCUCGGUUUGCUCUUUAUAAUGAUGUAUGUCAUCACCCUGUCCACCUCCCAUCCUGCCGUAGUCCCUUCAGUUACAGGGGUACCUUCCAGACCCGCCCAGGGUCCCCUCAGCUGAGGGCUGACACCGGAGGAGAGGUCAGACGCCUCCUCCUCGGGGAACUUUCAGUUUGACGAAGGAUUGUGCACAGCCUCCUUCACCUUUCCUCCUCGGAUCCUGAACGCUGUCCUCCUGACCGAACACUCCAGGUCCCUGGUCAUUUUGGAUCAGAAUCAAAGCUCUCGGAGGGAGCGAGUUCAUCCUCCUGGGCUGGCGAGGGGGGGGCUGCUGGGUCACCGCUCAGCCGCUGGCUCUGGGCCCCUGGAGGUCAGACGUCUUCUCCGUAAAACCUGCCUCCCACGUGGUCAAGAGGAACAAGCAAGGACCCUUUCUUCCUCUUGGAGAAACCCCAGAAGCUGAAGAGUAUCCAACGAGGGCUUGUGCCCUCCGCCCACUUACUUCCUGUGACCUUUGCCCAGGCGCCUCACUUUAGGCGAGCUGGCAGCUGGGGCAGAUCUCCAGGUGCCUGGGUGCUCCUUGCUGAGGUUCGCCUGGGCUCCCAGGGCUGCCCUGUAGGUGUGACUCCAUGGCCUGGGUUUGCCAUCGGGAUGUUGCGGCCAGCAGGGAGGGAUGCCUCCCGCCUGGAUGUGGUGCCCAAGCCUGAGGUCGUUCUUGGAUCACGUGAGGAUGUGACCACCUAAUCCAAUGCAGAGGCUUGAGGUGGGAGUGGAUUUGGAUCCACCCUCGGGCUGUUUUUCCUUGAUGCCCCAUCUUGAUUGCUAACAGAUCUGCCACCUACAGGCUUCCUCAGGAGUGGCACCCUGCGGCUUCCUUCAGGCUCUCUCCCACCUUUGCCUUGCUAUCCAGGCCUCAGAAUUGAGCUGUUAUUCUGUGGUGACAUCAGAGCUGUCUGGUCCAGCUAGCAGAGAAAACAGCCCUGUGCUGGGGAGGUACAUUUCCAUAUCGUCUCAACCCCUCACCAGGAACGGGGGAUUUAGUUGGAGAUAUGGCAAAACACAGAUUCGAAGGAAGUUUGUGGAAGCAUUUGGAAUGAAUGGAUUGGUUUCCUAUGGUCCUUCCAAACUUGGUCAAGCUCAGCCUCUGGAGCAGGAACCGUCACCAUCUCUGCCCUACCUGCAGCUUUAGGUCAGGAGGGAACAGAGACAGCAUUCUGGACUCCUCUGGAAGAAGCAGAUGGGCCAAACAUCUGCCCUGGGCCCAGGAAGGGCCUGUAGGGAACUCUGAGCAUCGGCAGUAAGACCACAAAGGGACUGGAACAAGGACUUGAAACCAAAUGGCACAUGGAGAAAACAAACUGACUUAGGGAUUCUAUAGGAAUGAUGUUUGGACUUGAUUUCCCACCUUCUAAUCAAGAAUAGAGAUUUGGAUCUGCUCAUAGGCCCAGCAUCUCCAAAGGCUGGCAGGCUGGCUCCCAGCAGCCUCCAUAGCCUCGGGCUCCCUGCAUUUGGUCUGAUCUUAUUGCCAUGAUGUGUAUGAAUUAUGUAAUAAUCCUAUCAGUGAAAGAUGAGCUACCGAGUAUCUGACUUAACAUUGAGUUUUGUGAUUUUGUGCGGUUUAUUUUUUGUAUAUUGUUUACAUUUUGAGAGGUAGCACCCUAUUGCAAAUGCUCUUUGUGUUUCUGAGUGUUGUUGAUUGGGUCAGAACAUUAAGCUGUGGUUUGGUGAAUUGUAGAUUUUUUUAAAGGUCAUUCUGUGCUAUUUUCAAAACCUUGGGUUUGGCCCUCUAAUUCUUUUGGCAUUCAAAUGUUUAAAAGCUAUUUAUCUUGGUUUAUGCAAGUUUUCUUUCUCUUCUUUUUGUAAUGAUGAAGAUACUAUAUUUGGUUUGCAGUCUGAAUGUAGAGAAAGUGAACUGAUCCCCAAGCUUUUGUCUGUCCCCACUUUUCUUCCCCAAAUCCCGCCAUUACCUGCUGAGGGGAUGUAACGACCCUCAACCUCACUCCCUGGAGCUAUGAAACUCAGCUGCCUCGUGGCAUCCUAGAGGAGUUUUGGGUCUCCCAAGAGCAGAGGUAUAAGAAUAGGACGUGGCUGACUGGUGAGGUCUGAAGGGCAAGAUUCAUAUCCCAGUCUCUCCUAUCCUGCACCUGUUCCGAAAGGCUACAGAUAAGAGACUAGUCUCCAGGUUUCCCAGCCAAAACGAGGGGUUUUCUGAAAACUCCACUGAGACUACUAGCUGAAGGCCUCUGGCCCUUGUUCCUGUUCAUGAACCACUGAGUCUUAUCCUCCCAGUGGGAGCUCCUUCCCAUGCCCACAGUGGGAGUAAUGGGAGGGCUGGGAAGCCCGCAGCCCGGGAGCACAGCUGGAGCAGUGCUCCAUCACCCCUUGCUCAGGAGCUCUGGUCUGGGCUAUUCUCAGCAGCACCCCCCCAGUUCCCGUCACAGGCAGCUCUUCCUAGUCCCCUUGUUCCUCUGGCCUGUGCGUUCGGCCUCAGGCAGGCCCCUGGGAGUACUCCGGACUGGGGCCUGCAGCCCCCUGCCCUAGAUCUGCCCUGGGGAGGUGAACCAAAGACCCAGGAUUUUCCUCAGUAGCCAGUCCCACCCCCAGUUGUCUCUUUACCAGUCCCCGUUGGAAAAAAGAACUCGGCACUCCCCAGCAUUUGAGCUAUUGUACUAAAACGUUAGGGGCUGGAGUGUUGAAACAACCCUUAGAGCCCUGGCCUCCCUCAGCACAGGUCUCCCAAGUCAAGGGACCUCACCUCUUUCCGUCAGAAACGUGUGGAGGGCGAGUCCACUCUCAGCACAGGAAUCAAAGGGAAAACAUUCAAGUAACUGUCCCUCGAUGUACCAGCCAUCUGCACGGUCUGGAGGGGGCGGGGCCAGGGCGCUCAUGAGGGGGCCUCCAAAGGGAAGACGUGGCUUACCCAGUGGGUGGUGCUGAGAUCCCGGAGGCUGGAGAGGAAUCUUCCAGAGCAGCCCCUUCCUCUUGCACAGGGGGAAGUAGGAACCAACCACCUUUGGGGGAAGGCCUGGUGGUGCUCAGUACACCCAAGCAUCAGGUCUGGUCAUUAUAAUAAAAAAUGUGAAUUAAGUCUAGAUUCAGUUGCAGGGGGGAACAGGAUAAACUAUCAAUCACCCCGCCAUGUGUGUGUGACCUCCAUUCCCCACUGCAAUUUCCAUUUUUAAAUAGGAAUUUUCAGCCCCUGUGCUUGUCUAAUGUCUGCUCGGAACAGUUCGAGACCCUGUUACUGUUUUAAAAUGCAUGCGUGUUACGAUGAAUCUUCAACCCGAGGAAAAUAAAACUUAAAAAGCUUUGUGUA